AAGAGACUCCAUAACCUCCGAAAGGAGUUGUACUACAUCAAGAAGACUGACUGGCAGUAUGAGCCCAUAGAUAAGCUCAUCGGGCAGUCGUAGGUGCUUAUAAACAUCAUGAAUACGCUAGAGAUGGUGCUGGACCUCGCCUACCAGCGAUUUGCUGGGAGGCGAAAGGAGACGAUUGAGGAACAACUGGACAAUGUGUUGAAGAGGAUGCAUGACGACACGGAUAAGAAGGAUGAUGAGGAUGCAAAGGAACAUGAAUAUCUGGAGCAAUUGAAGAGAUCAGGAGAAUGCGUGAAGAAGAGUGGAACGAUUACAAAGCUGCAGCCAACAUACGGGAUGAUUGAUCAUCAGUAUCGCUUUGAGAUUAGUCUCUCGCAACACUUCCAUAACAUCUCAGAGGGAUGCAGGAUCAGCUAUUUGGCUUACAAGCAGCCUGAUGGCAUAACCAAGGUCGUGAAGAUAGAAUCUGUCCUACAGGAAGUAUGGGACAAUUGCGGACAGAACGAGGAGAGGAUGCUGGAACAGGCGAUUGAUGAGUACUUUCAGGUGCACAUGAGGAGGUUUAACGGGACCAUUGUGGCUGUUACUGACUCUGAGGACGGCACAAUUGUAGAUGUUGAGACAGAAGUGGACAGAAAAGUGUCCGUGAACAUAGCUAAAGUGCAGAUUCAGUUUAAACCUGCCGCUGGCGAUGAAGUCGUGUUGACGUGCAAAGUUCAGACGGAUGAUCACUUUGUGGACUUCUCAGGCGCUGUGCUGGAUUACGUGGCGAUUAAUCCGGUGCGAACUGCGAUGGCUAUGGGAAAAGUGACCAGUGUCACGCCCUCCGGAGGUGGAAAGAUCGAUAAGAACAUUGCCUUUAGUCCAGCAGCUCUGGAGCCUGAGUACAAGCCUCAAGUUGGCGAUCUUGUGACCUAUGAUGCCCUUGAGAACAAUAAGAACAAUUGCACUUGGCGCUGUCUCAAAGUUGUCCUCUCGAAAAGGUCCGAAAACAGUCAAGAAGCAGUCGAAGUUGUCCCAGUUGUGCAGAAUGAGCGAGGAAUUGUCGUCAGUGACAUCCCAACUAUCUUCCUCUCUGAUAUCAAUCAGACAGCACCUCUGGAGAUCCGUAUCAAGAACAAUCAUACUCAUCCUCACAAACUCUAUCGCACGAUCAUCCCAAUCGCGAAGAAGCUGAGUCAAUUGGAACUCCUCUCGCCAGACAUCAACGCCUCAUUUGACAUCGCGCCUGGCCAAGAACAUGUAUUUAAGAUGAUGGUGAAGGGACGCUUUUGUGGGUUUUCUACUGAGAAAAUCGUAUGGAAGUUCGCACGAGGAUUGUUUGUGGAGCGCAAAAUUGAGAUUCAAGUGGGAGACGAUGAUAGUCCAGCUAUAAUUGAAUUUCCUCGAUAUCAGAAUUCCCGCUACAAUGGAUACGCUAGAGAAUUUGCCGACAGUGACGCCGAUGUGAUCCGUGGAGGGGCACUGAUGAAGUCCAAAGGCAUCUCUUCUCAAGUCAUUAGUCACUAUCUCGUGCCCAAUCAACUCAGAGAACUUGUACUGGGCGCAAAUAACAGGAUGGAAGCUGAGGAGAGUGUAUUGAGAGCUUAUCCGUCGCUGAAUAACACACUGGAGCCGAGGAACUACACGAGCAUUUUUCACAAUUUGGUAUUCCUGGAGGAGAUUCAACUGUGGGUAGAGUUCAGAGUGUACGAUCGCCAGGAGGUGUUCUUCAAGAAAUAUGACAAAGAGUAUUUGCAAAUGGAAAUUGACAAUGUGGCGGAGACUAGGCCAUCUCUCAUUCUGGGCGACAUCAUCCGGAUCACCAGUACUUGGGACAAAAAACGGGUGUACGAAGGAUUUAUCCACAAAGUUCUACAAAAUAGCGUGCUGGUGAAGUUUGAGAAGCACUUCCAAAAUUCCUACAACGGAGAAAAGUACAAUGUGCAGUUUCAGUUCUCGCGGGGCAGUUUUCGGAAGCAACACCACGCUGUGGCCAAUAUCAUACCGCGGAUGAAGGAGCAUGUGGUUUUUCCUGUGCAAAUUGAACCGAAGAGCCCGCAAGUUGAUGUGGAGAUUGUCAAUGGGGAGCUGGUGGAGCAGAAAGCAGGAAGAGUGCUGAAUUGGUUCAACCCAAAGCUUAAUGAGUCUCAGAAGAGAGCCGUGAAGAACAUUCUACGCGGAGAGGCGCGUCCGAUGCCGUACGUGAUUUUUGGACCACCAGGAACUGGUAAGACAUACACAGUCCUCGAAGUGAUCCUGCAAAUUGCCAAGAAUGUGUCUCAUUCGAGAAUUCUGGUCGGUGCAUCGUCAAACAGUGCAGCGAAUCUCAUCACUGAACGGCUGAUAAGCUGCAAAAGUCUCUAUCCUGGAGAUUUCAUUCGCAUUGUGGGCUUGAGUGCCAUCGAUAAGAAUAGCAUUCCUGAACAUUUGCAUCCAUAUUGCGCUCUGUGUGACAUCUCCAUUGAUGGCACAAGCGGAAAUGAAAUCAAAGAGACAGAAACGGGACUCAAGAUGCACUGCAAUACGAAGUACUUGGCUGAACAUAAGAUUAUCAUUGGCACUUGCCAGGGUUUGGGAUCCUUUAUGGCGCUGAAUCUCAAAGACAAUCACUUCACUCACGUCAUUCUUGAUGAGGCUGGACAGUGCAACGAGCCAGAGACGAUCAUUCCCUUGUCGCUGCUGAAUUCCGAAAUGGGACAGAUCAUUCUGGCUGGUGAUCCUCGACAGCUCGGGCCGCACACAAUCAGUCCAAUUGCCAAAGAUCACGGCUUGGAGCUCUCCUUCCUCGAUCGAAUCCUGGAGAGAUUUCCCUAUGAGCAGAAUUACGACCGCCAUAAGCACGGAUUUGAUGAGCGUCUCGUGACGCAGCUGAUCUACAACUAUCGCAGUUUGCCGAGUGUCCUGAAGCUCUACUCAGAUCUAUUCUAUGAUGGGAAGUUGAAGGCCACAAUUGGCGAGGAGGGAACAUCUGAGAUUGCCUUCCUGAAGAAGUACGUCACCAUUCUGCCAGAUGCCACAAAUCCCAACCACGGAGUAUUCUUCUUCUCCAUCAUCGGUGAGAAUAGACAAAGUGCGGAAAGUCCUUCGUGGUACAAUGCCGUGGAGGCGAGAAACAUUUUUAUCUUCUGCACAAAAUUGUACGCACUGGGCAUUCAACACUCGGAUAUCGGCAUCAUAGCUCCCUACAAAGCACAGGUGAAGCACAUUCGUGAACGUCUACGUGCCAUUGAUGAGGACAAAAUCCCCAAAGUCGGCAGCGUGGAGGAAUUCCAGGGUCAGGAGCGAAACAUCAUCAUUUUGUCCACGGUGCGAUCAUGCAAGAACUUCCUCGCCAACGAUUCCAAGCACUCACUUGGAUUUGUGCAGAACAGCAAGCGUCUCAAUGUUGCCAUCUCGCGUGCCAAGAGCCUUCUCGUCAUCUUCGGCAAUGCUCAACUCCUGGCCAAUGAUCCCAAUUGGUGCUCCCUGAUUCGCUACACAGCUAAGAACAACGCCUUCAUCGGCAACCUUCCAGUCCUGGUCGGCGGCAUUCACUAAAUUCUCUGUUUCAAUUACUCUUUAUUAUUUUUAGAAAAGAAAUACCUUUGCAUAAGAAAUUCAUGUUCAGUAGUA